AUGGCCAAACAGUUUUCUUGGGAACAGGAAUACAAAAGAACAUGGGAAGACAGAAAUGAUAGAAAGGUGAAUGAGUUUAACAUGGAGACCGAAACCUUUUACAGUAACAAUAGAAAGGGGAUAGUGAGGCACCUCCAUGUCAUAGUAGAUGUCUCUGAGGCAAUAGACAAGUCUGACUUCCUUCCCACGUUCAGGACAAAUGUGGCAAGGAUCCUUGAGGACUUUAUUCCAUCGUUCUACAAUGAGAACCCUUUGUCGACCCUCUCUUUUCUUAGUACUAGAGAUGUUUGUGUGAAGUACAUAAGUAGUAUGGACAUGGACAUUCAUGCAUUUCUCGGACAGACAGGUUCAAAAUGGUUUUCACUGCUAAAUGGACUCGAGGGAUCCAUAGAGAUCAUGGAAAACACCAUGCAUGUCAAAGAAAUCCUUGUAAUCGUUGCAAGCACAUCUACCAGAGAUCCCCAUGGAUACACUGAGGUACUAAAUAGACUCAAGACACAUAACAUAAAGGUCCAUUUCAUAAGUCUAUGUGGUGAGGUUACUCUGUAUAAGUCAAUAUCUAAGGCCACUGGAGGAAGGUUUUAUGUCCCAAUCGACGUGGGCCACCUAUCCAUGAUCAUGAAGGAGCUGUCCCAUCCCACAGACUUCAAUGGGACAACGCUCAGUCUAGUCAAAAUAGGCUUUCCUCUGCCAACAAUGGAAUCCUCGGUAUGUGCCUGCCAUUUGGAAGUGAAGAGCGUUGGAUACGAAUGCCCAGUAUGCAAGACCAUGGUCUGCUCGCUUCCCAUAUCGUGUCCAAUAUGCAACACUCAGCUUGUAUCCACGUUGAAUCUCUCAAAAUCCCUACGAUUUAUUUAUCCACUAAAGCCAUUUAUCGAGAGGGCAGAAGACGCAUGCAGAAUAUGCCAAAACAAAGGCGCGUAUCAAUGUGAUCUCUGCAAGAGCACAUACUGCAGCUAUUGUAAUGGGUUCGUUCAUAGCACUUUGAGCUUCUGUAUCUACUGUGAAUUGCCACACAACUAG